AUGGUUACGGGACAUCAGCUACCGGUAGCCAGAAGCACGCUUCCAGGCUUAUUCGAACGCACCGAUUCCGCAUGUAGGAUUCUUAGCACACGAUCAGAUUUGAUUGAAUUCCUCCAGCACGAGAGACCCUAUCGCAAAUUUGAUUUUGCCUGCAUUCUCAAAAUGGCUGGGUUGGGGUUGGGCACGACGGCUUUGGGUCCCUCGUGUUUUGACGCCGGGUAUGCUUCAAUGGUUGGUUUUGCAGAAUUAAUUAAAGCUACGAGACAGGCGCCAUCGCAAGCGAUGGAGAUAGCAAACACCCUUCCAGCAAGAUCAUCAAAACCAGCUAUAACAACUUGA